UGGACUUGACCAAGCGAGAGCCCAUGACCUGUUGCGUGUUGAUUGACUUAAGCCUUUCUCCUUGAUCGGAGCUGAGUGGUUUAUGUAAAUAGAGGAUUUUAAUUCUAUCGUCCUAGGUAGGAUGGACCAGCCCCCCUUGCCUCUGCCCUCAUGUCCAAUAAGAAGAGACCCAGCUUGACACCUGCCUAUAUACAGAGCGAGAGCUAAAUCUUCCACACUGAUCCCCGGGACAUAUAUAUAUAUAUAUAUAUGUAUAUAUAUACAUAUAUAUAUAUACAUACACAUAUAUACACACAUAUACACACUUGCUUCUCUAUAUAUAUGAGAGCUAGAGAAAUUCCAAGGCAAGGAAAAAGGGGUGUGUGCUAGGAAACCUUAAGACCAUGACUUCUAGUAAAAUUGAGAUGCCUGGAGAGGUGAAGGCAGACCCCACCGCCCUGAUGGCAUCUCUGCACCUUUUACCUUCGCCCACACUCAACCUUGAGAUCAAAUAUACCAAGAUUUUCAUCAACAAUGAAUGGCAGAACUCAGAAAGUGGGCGUGUAUUUCCAGUCUACAAUCCAGCCACCGGGGAGCAGUUGUGUGAAGUUCAAGAAGCAGAUAAGGCUGACAUAGACAAAGCCGUGAGAGCUGCACGCUUGGCUUUUUCUCUGGGCUCCGUGUGGAGACGAAUGGAUGCUUCGGAGCGGGGGCGUCUCCUGGACAAGCUAGCCGACUUGGUGGAAAGAGACAGGGCAGUUCUUUCAACCAUGGAAUCAUUAAAUGGUGGCAAACCAUUCCUUCAAGCUUUUUAUGUGGAUUUGCAGGGUGUCAUCAAAACCCUUCGAUAUUAUGCAGGCUGGGCAGAUAAGAUUCACGGGAUGACCAUUCCUGUUGAUGGAAAUUAUUUCACAUUUACAAGACACGAACCCAUUGGAGUAUGUGGACAGAUCAUCCCGUGGAACUUCCCCCUGCUGAUGUUUGCCUGGAAAAUUGCUCCAGCUCUGUGCUGUGGUAAUACAGUAGUCAUUAAGCCUGCGGAACAAACACCUCUCAGCGCCCUCUACAUGGGAGCCCUCAUCAAGGAGGCUGGCUUUCCACCAGGAGUCGUCAAUAUCUUACCAGGAUACGGGCCAACAGCGGGGGCAGCAAUAGCUUCUCAUGUUGGCAUAGACAAGAUUGCCUUCACGGGGUCUACUGAGGUUGGAAAACUGAUUCAAGAAGCAGCUGGAAGGAGUAAUUUGAAGAGAGUAACUCUGGAGCUUGGAGGGAAGAGUCCAAAUAUUAUUUUUGCAGAUGCUGAUUUGGACUACGCUGUGGAGCAGGCCCACCAGGGAGUGUUCUUCAACCAAGGUCAGUGCUGUACAGCAGGAUCCCGCAUUUUUGUGGAAGAGUCCAUCUAUGAGGAGUUUGUUCGAAGAAGCGUGGAGCGUGCCAAGAGGCGAAUAGUUGGGAGUCCUUUUGACCCGACCACUGAACAAGGCCCUCAGAUCGACAAGAAACAGUACAACAAGAUCCUUGAGCUCAUCCAGAGUGGCGUGGCAGAGGGGGCCAAGCUGGAAUGUGGAGGCAAAGGCCUAGGCCGAAAAGGCUUUUUCAUUGAGCCCACUGUGUUUUCCAAUGUUACUGAUGACAUGCGGAUUGCCAAGGAAGAGAUUUUUGGGCCAGUUCAGGAAAUCCUGAGGUUUAAGACUGUGGACGAAGUUAUAGAGCGAGCCAACAAUUCUGACCUUGGACUCGUCGCUGCUGUUUUUACAAAUGAUAUCAACAAAGCACUCACAGUGUCAGCAGCGAUGCAGGCUGGGACUGUUUGGAUCAAUUGUUACAACGCCUUAAAUGCCCAAAGUCCCUUUGGGGGAUUCAAGAUGUCUGGAAAUGGGCGGGAAAUGGGAGAAUGCGGUUUGCGAGAGUACUCAGAAGUCAAGACAGUGACAAUAAAGAUUCCCCAAAAGAACUCCUAAGAAGGGCGAGGAAGAAAGGGGGCCAACCAGCCUGCGUCAGGCCCUCUCAAUGUUCUCUGUGAGGCCCAGCACUCAGGAAUACAAAGUGUUACACAGUCUUUAUUUAAGAAUUUAAAUGAUAACCUAUAUGCCAGGCAAUUCAAUGCAUAUAUAAAGCAAACCAACUGUGCCAGGUUGACUGGCAUUCUGUGAGAAACCACUUUAGUAUUACCAAAUAAUGAAGGGAAAUACAACAAGGGUUAAGACUUACGGCGUCAAACACAUUCAGCUUCCCUUCCUAGAACCUGGGGUCAAGUUGGGGAACUGUUUCAUUUGAUGUCCAAAGGGCUUUCUUCUUGAGGAAUGGUGAUCUUUUUCAUUUCCUUCAUUCUUUUUCUUCUCUUCUCUCCCCCCUCUCUCCCCCCAACUACCUUCCCCUCCCCCAAGAAGAGCUCCUUAGCUGAGCUCAUUUGGGGCAGAUGUUUGGGCCGGGAACAAUUUUCCAAGGUUUUGCAGCCAAAUUACCGUUUCAUGUUAUCCAUUUCUUCAAAGUGAAACAUGAAAUGGUUUUAGUUAGAGCCAGACCAGACUAGAAACGCCAAGAGCUGGUAUACUGCAGAUGUAUUAAGAAGCCAGAAAUCAUGAUAUUCCUGACUUUCCCUGGUUUUCUUUCUAACCAUCAUGCAAUAAGAGAUAGAAAUCAGGGAGAUGCCAAUCGGGCAGGCAGCAUGGGUAGUUCACCAACUUCUGAGCUUCUGGUGUUCUUUUCUUUUCUGUUGUUGAAUUUGUUUGCUUAGAUGGCUAAGAUGUUUUAAGAAAAAAAACAUUUUUUUUAAAGCCACACCAAAAAUAAUAAUAACGUGAAGGUGUAGGGGUACAAGAAAAGAUAUCAGAUACUUAGCAGAAAUAAUUCAGUUCCCUUUUUUGUGUCAAUGGUUUUUAAAAAUUAAUGAUCUAUAAAUUUGGAGUCUACGGGCUCCUCAGCUCCUGUGCCCAUCCAACCUGAUGCCCAUCCAACAAAUGGGACUUUGGUCCAUUGAAACCUGCCAUGAUCCAGAUUCACUGGAAAUAGACAAACCUGGCAAGUUGUGUGGCCAAGCCCUAAAGUUUCCCUUCUGAACAUUCCAGCAUGCCACCUUCAGCAGCUUAUUGUUGCCAAUACCACUCCCAAUGGGUUUGUGCCCUGGCAUUUUCCCCUUGACCUUGCCUUCCAGUAAGGUUUGGGUCUGCAAUGUGGGAAGCAUUAAAAAGGCUGUGCUCCUAUCCCCUCUGAAAUACCCAUUCCCCUCCUACUUCCUAAUGUAACAGCAGGUUCUACGUGGACAGUAUUAGCUGCCUUUCCAACCUUUCUUUUCCCCUUCUUCAUUACCAGCUGCAAACGUCCAUUCCUAUCUGUCAUCUUGAUGAAGAACAACAUUUAUUUAAAAGUGCCAAGCCUAGCCUAGAAUAUGUGGAAUAAUGGGCAGAU